UUCCAGAGGCACCGUUUUUAGCCUUUUUGAAGCCUUCUCAUUCAUCGUUGGGAUGACGCAUAAAAGGAAACUAUACCAGCGUGCAAAUGGCGUACGCGGGAAAAUUUCUCAGUCCAAUUCGACAAUCGCUGUCUUCAAUUACCUCUUUUUACUAUUACUCGCCAAUCUCUCGAGGAAAACCAUUUUAUGGAAAAUUUGAGCUUAUAAGAACAUGGAUGAAGCAGCUUCAACCUACAGUACAGAAUCGAUGCUCAAAAUUUCAGUGUAAAAUGAAUACCCACAAACAAUAUGUUCGCAAUGUGCAUUUAUCAGGAAGCAUCCUUGGCGUGUCAUUUAUGAUUGGAUCUUUAUGCUUUUCGCACCAGGUUGUGUAUGCCAUGGACGGACAAGAUAUUUUGGUGGAUGAUAGAGAGUUUUUUGAUGAUACGGAAAGAAAUCCUCCUGUGUUAUGGAUUUUUGUGAGAAAACUAUGGCUACCUGCUUUUUUCUUACUCACAGUGCUGAUGAAUUGGGACCAUCCCAUCAUUCUUAUGACCAAAGUUGCCCUUUUCCUCAUUAGCACGAAGCCCAGCCCUUUAUCAGUAUAUGUAUUUGUUGAAGAGUUGUGUCAUCAAUCUAUGCGCCAAGAACCCUACUUGUACUUGCUAAAGUCAUUAUAUGCUAACAAAGUUGAAGUCCAAGACUACAAAUUUUUUUGCCUCGCCAAGGUUGAAGUAAAAGGCCAGAAGCUUACUUUGGUUGGAGUUCUUGGUGGUUGGUGGGCUUUGCCGUUGUCAGAGAGAGCAUUUUCUAUGUUUUGGAAUAGUGCUUUUUAUUGAGCAAAGAAGGUAACUUUUAACUGCUGCAAAAACUUUGAUUAAGGCAUGACGUUUGGCUUUUGCAUUAGUUGAAUUACCUUUAAAUGUAAGGUUGCUUUUCAUUUCUCUAAUCCACAACCCAUGUGCAGGAAGUUUCGUGCUAUGCUCUCUUCUUCCUUUCCCCUUUCCAUAUUUACAAUUGAAAAGAGCUAAUAAACGUCUCUUCUACAGCCAUAAUGUUAACACUAAAAAUGUGUGUUGGCAUAUAUAGAGCCAUAUCAAUUAUAUUCUUUGCACAGCAUGCUCAGUGGGACUC